UUUUCGAGGCCUGGGACUCGCAGCUUCAGCACGUCUGCUACGAGAAGAGGCCGGGAGGAGAGAGAGGGCGCACUGUCGGUCGAGGACACGGAGCUGGGAAUGCCCAAAGAGGCCACCUGGUCCGUUGUUGAGCUCUUGGAUCAGGUCAAAGAGGGUCGAGAGAUCGGAAAGGAGGAGCUUGCGAAGCUUCACAGACUUGCUGCGUUGGAGAUGCCCUCGGACGAGGAGGGGCUGCAACGAACAAAGAGGGACCUUGAAGCCAUGAUUGGACUCGUCGAUGCCGUCCGGUCCAUCGAGGUGGAGAAGGGCAACGAUGUGGGCGUGGGGAGAAUAUGGCCCGAGGGGCGCUUCCAGAGGCUGUCUGAAGGACAGCCGGCGGAGGGUUCGAAGGAGACGCUGGACCGGGACAGGCUGCUUGGGCUGGCAAAGAGGACAGAGAGGGGCUUCUAUGUCGUGGACCGUCCCAAGGGGGAGCCGAGCGAAUAAAUUACUACCUAUAGACUUUUAGUUCUGGACACAAAUCACUGCUUUUGACACAAUCACUACUCUCUCUGCAGUCUAAUGACACCAUUCCACAACUCGUAUGAACC